GACGCCACCAAGGGCAAGCCUGAGGGCGAUCUUAAUCCAGCACAGCUGGAAGCUUUUGAGAAGAUCGAUACUCUCUUUAAAGGCGCUCUUCUGAGUGUUCUUGAUGACUCCAUUGUGGAUUCGUAUAUGUCGUUUGAUGACGGCAAGGACAUGUGGGCUGCGCUCGAGGCCAAGUUUGGUGCCUCGGACGCCGGCAGCGAGUUGUACGUCAUGGAGCAAUUCUAUGACUACAAGAUGACUGAUGAGCGCCCUGUUGUACAACAGGCUCAUGAGAUACAGUCGCUCGCAAAAGAACUUGAGUACUUCAAGUGUGUGUUGCCGGACAAAUUUGUUGCCGGAGGCAUCAUUGCCAAGCUUCCACCUUCGUGGAACAAUUUUGCUACUUCUCUGAAACACAAGAGACAGGAAUUUUCCGUUGCGGAUCUCAUUGGUACUCUUGAUGUUGAAGAGAAGGCGAGAGCAAAGGACACACGUGCUCGAGUUGCUGAGGGAGGUUCUAGUGCCCACAUGGUACAGAAGAAGAACUUCCAGCCCAACAAGUUCAAAAACAAUAAGAACAAAACUCAGGGCAAAGGCAAGUUUGAUACAAAGAACAAGCCAUCACAUUCUACCAACUUCAAGAAGAAUUCUCAUAAGAAGGGGAAGGGACUUUGCCAUGUCUGCGGUGAUCCUAAUCACUGGGCUCCGAAGUGUCCUAACCGCUUUGAGGAGCGCGAACAUGAGAAGAGCGGCAAGUCCGCUAAUGUUGUCAUCGGUGAUACUGAUAUGAAGGAAUCAGGGCAACAGGGACUUCUCCCGUGCUGAUGGGGAACGGGUCACAUGCCAUCGUUCGAGGUGUUGGUACGGUCGAUCUGAAGUUUACUUCGGGGAAGACUGUGCGUCUGAAGAACGUUCAUCAUGUGCCGUCCA